ACUUGCCCUUACUGGGAACGUGUGAGGGAGCGCAGAACGGGUUUGAACCUCAGACCGACACGGUGUCGGGCAUACUGAAAGCUGGAGCGGUCCCUUUGCUGAAGGAGUACACUUUGUUUUUCUGGAUUUCAUUCGGAGAAGUCCAGUUUGUUUCCUAAAUCUGAGGAUUUCUGUCACGUUGUCGCACGAGCUCGGUGCCGCGAGAAGCCCGAUGAAAGAAACACUGAAAUUCCACUGAAAGAAGCCGCGUUUACCUCCAAAGAAACCCCAACAAAGAGAAUUCAAGGAAGUAGCCUGCUGCCUGGCGAGGUAACGUAAGUUAGUUAAGCAACAAAUAGAAAGUGUGGCAGCGGAGAAAUUCCUCAUCAUGGUUUACAACAGACUCCUUCGUGCGGGUUUGACUUUAUUGUUUUUUAUUCUGUGCCUAAACGUGGGGAUUUUUCGAGUAAAUGGGCAAUACGGCGGCGGUGACCGAGGAAUGUCUAUACCGGAGCACGGAUUUUGCCAGCCGAUUUCCAUUCCGCUGUGUACGGACAUCGCGUACAACGAGACCAUCAUGCCAAAUCUGCUCGGUCACACCAACCAGGAGGAUGCGGGGCUGGAGGUCCACCAGUUCUACCCGCUAGUCAAAGUCCAGUGCUCUCCGGAUUUAAAGUUCUUCCUCUGCUCCAUGUAUGCGCCCGUGUGCACGGUCCUCGAGCAGGCGCUGCCUCCGUGCCGCUCGCUAUGCGAACGCGCGCGGCAGGGCUGCGAGGCUCUCAUGAACAAGUUCGGCUUCCAGUGGCCCGAAAGCCUCGCGUGCGAGUCCUUCCCGGUCCACGGCGCCGGGGAGUUGUGCGUCGGGCAAAACAUGUCGGACCGCACCGAGCCUGAAAGCUCCGGCCCGUACCCCACCGAGCGCACACUUUCUGACCCCAUGCACGGACAGUUCAGGUGCCCGGCCUCGCUGAAGGUGCCUCCCUACCUGAACUACCGCUUCCUCGGGCAGGAGAACUGCGGCGCUCCGUGUGAGCCAAAGAGAUCGCAUGGGAUGAUGUACUUCAGCGAGGAGGAGCUCAAGUUCGCGAGGAUAUGGAUCGGCAUCUGGUCGGUGUUGUGUUGUGCGUCCACUUUAUUCACUGUGCUGACCUACCUGGUGGACAUGAAGCGCUUCAGCUACCCAGAGAGACCCAUUGUCUUCCUGUCUGGCUGCUACACAAUGGUGUCCAUUGCCUACAUUGCUGGAUUUUUACUCGAGGACAAGGUUGUUUGCAAUGACAGGUUUGACAAUGACAUCAGGACUGUGGUGCAGGGCACCAAAAAGGAGGGCUGCACCAUCCUCUUCAUGAUGCUGUACUUCUUCAGCAUGGCCAGCUCAAUCUGGUGGGUCAUUCUGGCCCUCACUUGGUUCUUGGCAGCAGGGAUGAAAUGGGGCCACGAGGCCAUCGAGGCCAACUCUCAGUACUUCCACCUAGCAGCCUGGGCCGUGCCCGCGAUCAAGACCAUUACCAUCCUAGCUGUAGGGCAGGUGGAUGGAGACGUGUUGAGUGGGGUUUGCUUUGUGGGCAUCAACAGCGUGGAUGCCCUGCGGGGCUUUGUUCUGGCACCUCUGUUUGUUUAUCUAUUCAUUGGAACCUCAUUCCUCCUGGCGGGCUUCGUGUCCCUGUUUCGCAUUCGGACCAUCAUGAAGCAUGACGGCACCAAGACGGAGAAGCUGGAGAAGCUGAUGGUGCGGAUAGGAAUCUUCAGCGUGUUGUACACUGUGCCGGCCACCAUCGUCAUCGCUUGCUACUUCUAUGAGCAGGCCUUCAGGGAGCAGUGGGAGAGGACGUGGAUCAGCCAGACGUGUAAGACGUACGCCGUGCCGUGUCCGGCUCAGAAUCACCCCAACAUGAGUCCUGACUUCACCGUCUUCAUGAUAAAGUAUCUCAUGACACUCAUUGUGGGCAUCACCUCCGGGUUCUGGAUCUGGUCCGGGAAGACCCUCAAUUCCUGGAGGAGGUUUUACACGAGACUGGCUAACAGUAAACAGGGUGAGACCACGGUGUAAUGUGGUCUAACCACGUCCUUCACACAGACUGCUUCAUGACAAACUGAAUGAUAAUCCUCUUUAUUAUUUUCUUUCGAUUUUUCUCGGACUUACAGGAGACACCUGUUAUGUUUUUAAUGUACAUAUACAUUUGUGAGAUUUUUGUAAGUAUAUAUUUGUAUUUAAAGAUUGAAAAAUCCUUUCUCUUUUUUUUUUUUUUUUUUUACAAAAAAACAACAAAACAAACAAAAAACAAACUCCUUUUUUCAUACUUUGGACAUAAUGGAAUUGUACUUAAUCGUCAGAAAGAGCCAGCUGACCGUCAAGGAUCCUGAGGUCUUGUGACCUGAAUUACUGUGGACACCACUGGGAGUAUUUCACAUGGAGUGCUUGUGUCUUUGGUUAGCGAGCUGCCACUGAGUGGUGGGUCUAUUCUAAGCAGAGUCCCGUGAAACCCAAGUGCUUCCUCGUGGCUCCCUCUUAUCCUGAUUAACCAGCUGUAGUUUGUGUCUGUUGUACAGCUGAGCAGCAGUUGCCUGGGUCUGAAGGGAAAUGUCAGCAGUCUGGAAACAGAAACGGUGCACAGGUUGUGAAUGUGAGUCAUUGUGACAGAUGGUUGUGGCCUGUAGCUCGGGCCUCGACAGUUAUGACAUUCCUUUCCAAAUAAAGCACACAUAAUCGUGUCAGGGUCAAAGGACCACACCAGUGUUUUUGCAUGUUUCAGUUCAGCUAAUUAUGUGUAUUUUGCAGUUCUACCCACGCUUGGUCAAUACAGAUUUUUUAGUUUAGCUUUUUGUUCGAGUACAAUUCAUAAAACAACUUACAGACCCUCUAAAUUUGCAUGAGGUAACUCUGCAUGAUGUAUGUAAUGUAGGCAGAAGUGCAGAUGGAUUCCUUGCAAUAUGAUGCAUCAGUUUCGUAGCUUUGCUCGAAAUCAAAGUGGAUAAGAUGUUCACAGAAUUUUUUUUUUUUAACUGUGAAGUUUCAAAACUCCGCAAGUGGAGUGCAAUCAAAUGAACUGAAACUGAGGGCCUGCCUCGUGUGAAAGAAACAUAUUUUAAAAUAUUCUGCCUUUUUACAAAACAGCCAGCUGCAAUUGAAUUCAUGUACUGUAAGGAUCUUUAACAUGCAGGAACACUAGUGUGUUUAUUUGUUUAUCAAUGAUUCACGACAGCAUUAAUAUGCACAAAUUUGUGUUCAGUCAGCUUUCUAAAUUUAAACUUUACUGUAUACAGUGCUGUGUGAGACCUCGGACACUCUUUGAAUCUUUCCAGUUUUGCUACCUGAUAAUCUUGUUUUCCGUGUAUUUAAAUUCAAGAAACUGAGAAAACGUGCAGGUGCAUGAGAGUAUAGCAAAGAUAAUUAGUCAAAUGAUCAGUAAGAUGUCUGAAAGAAAAAUAACCAUCAAUCAUAUUGAUAAUUAUUAAACAUUUCAUUUAUGAGGCAAAAGCGCUAAAUAUCUGCAGAUUCCAGCCUCUCACAGGAGGGUUUUUGAAUGUUGAUGGGAUAAGACAAAUUUCAAUAUGCGACUUUGUAAUAUUUGAAUGGACAUGUUCGUUUAUUUUCUGACAUUUAAAAAAAAAAAAAUGAUUACCUGAACAAAUAAUCAGAGACGAAUUGUGUCACUCAGACAUCUCGCAUCUUAUGCUGCUCUGUUUGGGUUUUAACUGUAGGUUUUCACUCAGCCGUGCAAUCAUUCUGACUUACAUUGGCAGCAAAAGAUAAGAGGUAAUAGAAUUCCGGUGCAUUUUAGGGUUCGGAGGACCUGAGCAUAUUGUGGAAUGUGACAGCUUUGUGGUCACAGGACAGGUUUCACAGGAAAGCUAAAUGAUCAAACUCCCCUUACUUUACCUGAGAGUACAUACGAGGUACUGUGAGUGGAGCUCAUGUUCUCAGUAAAGCUGUAAAUGCACCUUCAUUUGUUAUUUCAUGUUUUUUUCUGUGUAUACCUGAUGGUACAAUGGAUCUAAGUAACUUCAUUAGAAUUGUUCAAAAGUGUCCAAUCUUCAGCACAGCACUGUAAACAGGAUUCGGUCUGGAGUUGACAGCUGUUUGUUUGUUUUAUUUUGCAAAUAUGGUGAAUGCAACCAAACAUAUUGUUGGGAUUUUUACCAAUACAUUUGCUUAAUCUUGUGGUCGAACGUGUCGGUGGUUGUUGGCUCGGAUUGAUCUACAGGGCGAUCCUGGUGAACGUUGCUGUGUGUCUGCGCAGUGGGACUGAAGAGCACCCAGCAUGUCUUCCACUGCAGGAGAAAGGAAGCCUUGUGUUGAAAUGCAGAACGGCUGCUGUCAGUGCAGCUCGGCUGGCUCGCAUGCACGCGCGCACACACACACACACACACACACACACAUCAUGACUUGUGUUCCUGUCAAAUGCUCCUCCACACGGUGCUUCCGGUUCAUAAUAAUCCUUUUAUUGUGUUGACGGCUCUACAAUAGUCACAGCUUUGAAGUAAUUUCCUUUGCAUUUGCUAUGAAGAGAACCUUUAUAUUUAUAGAAAAGAAUCUUAUAUAUACACACUACAUUGAUUGCUUUAUGAGAAUAAAAACAAUCUCACCAUUGCAACUGUA